AUGUUAUUGGCUAGUACCUCUGUAAAGCGCUUAAUAUCACCAGCUCCGGCGCGUAUUCGACAGGAGAAACGCUUUUUCAGGAGCAUUCGGAGUGUUUUAGCUGAGUUUAUUUCAAAUAGGUUUAAUUUCGAAAGAGUCGCGACACUUGGGCCUGAUUUAGCUUGCCUAGAAUGGCUUAUGGAGUGUGGAGCUACAAAGGUUGAAAUGAGCGAUGGGACUGUAAUCAAACGCAUAUCAGAAAUGAAGUCAUAUAUAAAAAAUUUCGGUUUGAAUGGUCGCGAGACGGUUGAUGCAAGCGAUUCAGCAAUCUCCGAUUCAGGAUUCCUUUAUUUCCGUGAAUGUUAUGGAAUCGAAGAGUUGAUUUUGAACUUCUGUGAUUAUUUUGGAGAUGAAGCCAUUAGGAUCUUAGCAACAGGCCGUACAGCUUACUCCUUGAAAAACUUGGAGAUAGUGAUGAACCCGUGCGUCAGUGACGUUUCAAUAUAUUGGAUAGUCAGGAUGAAAAAACUUCGCAGGAUUCAUAUGUACUUCUUACCUUACAUUUCUAAUCCAGUAGCUGCAUCUCGCCAUUUGAAGCUUGCACUACCAAAAUGUAAUGUUACUUUUCCUUCUGUUGGAAAAGUUGGAUUCGGAUAUGGCACCAAAUAG